AUGCGUCUGUUUAAGGACUUCUCAGGAAUGCGACUGGAAGGCUGCAGCAAGGUGCUGUGGGUGCUACUGGGGGCGGCUGCCAUCAUCACGUUAAUAACCGUAACUGCGGUUUAUUUUAGCAAAUCUGAAGCUCGCAAAAGGCCUUUCACCCUAGAAGACUACUUCAAUGACACAAUUAGGUGGAGAUCCUACAAUCUCUACUGGAUAUCAGAUAAUGAGUAUCUGCACAAAACAAGAGAUGGGAGCGUCUUCCUCCAUAAUGUGGAAACAAGUGAAGAGUCACUAUACUUAAGCAAUUCAACUUUUGACCAAGUGGAAGCCACAGACUACCUCUUAUCAGGGGAUCGUAAAUAUGUUGCUUUUGAAAGCAAUUACACUAAGCAAUGGAGACAUUCCUAUACAGCUUCAUACACAAUCUAUGACAGAAGCAAUUUGACGUUUGUUACAAACGGAAGUCUUCCUGCUGAGGUGCAGUACUUCAUCUGGGCCCCGGUGGGACACAAAUAUGCUUACGUGUCCGACUACAACGUCUUUUUAAAAGAUGACAUCACUGCUGGAGCUAUACAAGUGACCCACAAUGGGAAAAAGAAUGAAAUUCUGAAUGGAGUACCUGACUGGGUGUAUGAGGAGGAGGUGUUUGCAUCAAACGGCGCAUUGUGGUGGUCUUCAACCGGACGAUACUUGGCCUACGCUGAGUAUAAUGACACACAGGUUCACAAAGUGGAGUUCCCCACAUAUGGAAAGGAGCAGUACCCUCAAACCGUUGCUAUUCCAUACCCAAAGGCAGGAUCACCUCUGACCAAGGUCAAACUGUUUGUGGUCGAUACUACGAAUCCAUCCCGCCGCGAUCAAGUGUUCCCCCCUGCUUCCAUUGCAUCUGGCGAUUACCUUCUGAGUUCCGUCACCUGGGUCACAGAUGAGCGCGUCGCGGUGCAAUGGCUCACCAGAAAGCAGAAUUACGUGCUGGUGCAGAUUUACGACUUUGACGGAAGCAGCUGGCGGGAAAAACAGAAAUUCGAGCAAAGCAGCAGGACAGGUUGGGUUGGCCAUUAUGUGCCAUUGCCUCUUUUCUUUUCUGAAGAUAAAAUAAGUUUCUACAAAGUGCUAAGCGACACCAGUGGCUACAAACAUAUUCAUCACAUCAAAAACGGCACGGCAACACCUAUUACCUCGGGCAAGUGGGAAGUCAUCUACAUUUCUAAACUUACAAAAGAUGCCAUAUAUUUUGUCAGCAAUGAGCACCAGGGGGUGCCCGUGAAGAGAAAUCUUUACAAGGUGACGAUCAAAAGCGGACCCUCCAGUCGUCAGUGCCUCACCUGCAACUUUGACCAGGACAGGUGUCAGUACAACUCAGCUUACCUCAGCACUGACGCCUCGUACUAUCGCAUGGACUGCUAUGGACCGGGGUUGCCUCUCUACACGCUCAUUGACAACCGAGGCUCAGGUGCAACACUCUCCACUCUUGAAGAAAACAAGAAAAUCGAGAACAUUCUCAUGGAGUUCCAGAUGCCGACAAUGAAAUACGGCACCUUAAAAAUUGCCGGAUUGGAUCUUUGGUAUGAAAUGAUGCUACCACCUAAUUUUAAAUCAUCUAAAAAGUACCCUCUUCUUAUUGAUGUAUACGGCGGCCCCUGUAGUCAGAGGGUGGAUUAUCGUUUCAAGUUGAACUGGGGAACCUUCCUGGCCAGCGCCUACGGCAUCAUCGUGGCCAGAUUUGAUGGGAGAGGAAGCGGUUACCAAGGCGAUGACAUCAUGCACGCCAUCUACAGGCGUCUCGGAACAUUCGAGGUGGAGGAUCAGAUCACGGCAGUCAGGAAAUUCAUUGAUAUGGGUUUUAUUGACAAAGACAGGAUAGCCAUAUGGGGCUGGUCCUAUGGCGGUUAUGUAACCUCGAUGGCGCUAGGUGCAGGAACUGGACUUUUCAAGUGUGGAAUCGCAGUUGCACCAGUCGCUGAGUGGAAAUAUUACGAUGCUGUGUACACUGAACGUUACAUGGGGACACCUGCAGAAAAUUCAGACGCCUAUAAGAAUUCUACUGUAACAGCCCGAGCAAAGAACUUCAAAGGUAUAAAUUAUCUGCUCGUCCACGGCACAGCAGACGACAACGUCCACUUCCAGCAUGCGGCACAGAUCUCCAAAGCUCUGGUGGAGGAGCAGGUGGACUUCGAGGCCAUGUGGUACACAGACAAGGACCAUUCUCUCACUGGCUCCGCCUACCACCAUACGUACACCCUCAUGAGUCACUUCCUACAGAAAUGUUUGGUUAAUUCUAAAUAA